GCCAAGUGAACAACAGGGGCCGCAGGAAACUCUGGGACCAGUCUGAGAGCACCCAGGGGAUGAAACAGCAAAGAAUAGAAACCGGAUUAGAAGAACUGAAUAUUGUGGAGUCUUCAACAUACAGCGGAAACAGAGCACAGGUAGCUCCCUUGUUUGAGCUGAGGAUGUCUCUGCAGUCACUGAGGAUGGCACUUGCCUUGGUCCUGGUCUUCAUGGGCCCCUAUCCUAACAUGGGCUUCCCCCCGGGUGUGCCAGAUGAUGAAGCUUUUGACCUUGAGACCUACAACCUGAACAGUGAGAUGGAUUGGGAAAACCUGGACGCCAACAUUUAUGGAGACAGUUAUGAUUAUGAUGACUUGGAUCAAAAGAUUGAGGUGGGCACCGUAGCACCACACAACCCCUCUGCAGACAGCCAGCCCACAGCUGAACACUAUGAGGAGGAGUUGACCCUGCCUCCAGCACCCAUCACCCUGGACUUCAAGGGACCAGGUCUCUUUGGCCCCGACACUGGCAUGGGUAUGCCUUCCUGCCUACUAUGUGUGUGCAUUGGUGGGAGUGUGUACUGCGAUGACAUGGGCCUGGAUCAGAUCCCACUCCUGCCCAAAGACACCACCCGUUUUUAUGGCCGCUUCAACAAGAUUCGACAUGUCAAGAACACAGACUUUAUCUAUCUCAAUAAACUCCUGUCCAUUGACCUAACAGGGAACCAUAUUUCAGGGAUGGAUGAGGAUGUGUUUCGCACUCUGCCACAGCUUCAGGAUUUACUGUUGGCUGAUAACAACCUGCAGGUCAUGCCUGAGCUGCCAAUCACCAUGAAACACAUUGAUCUACGUGACAACAGGCUGACCAGUCGUGGUGUACAUUCUGAGGGAUUCAAGGAUAUGAGCCAGCUGGAAUUCCUCUAUCUGUCCAAUAAUAACCUGGAUUACAUUCCUACACCUCUACCACUGAGCCUGAGAGUGUUACACCUGCAGAACAACAACAUCCAGUCUCUUCAUAAGGACACCUUUUGUAACCGCCAUGAUCGUAACUUCAUCCGCCGCAAACUGGAGGAUAUCCGUCUGGAUGGAAACCCCCUGAACAUCGACCUGUUUGCCCAGGCCUACGUCUGCCUGCCACGUCUGCCUGUAGGGAGUCACUGAUAGCUGCCAGACACCAUGAUUUUGUGGGCCUGAAAACCAAAACAAACAGCUGCAAGAGGCCAAAAGGCUCUUUAGAACUGAGGGGAGCUUAUGUCAUAGUUAUUUUUUCAGAGUUGGAAUAUGUUCUGUCAGAAAUACCAUUAAUUGGCAUGUCAUUGGUAAAUAAAUGGUUUAUGACAUAUUGUUUUCUGGAUGUACACACAAUAACUAACAUCUGUUUUUAAAUGGAUAGAUAUGAGUGUUAGUGUUCCAGGAAUAUAAGACCCAUGUUAAUGGGACACUGUGCUUCUGUCAAAAUGAUUUGAUAGUGUAAAAUUACAUAAAGCCGAUUUUGAUGGAUUUAUUUACUCUUGUGUUUCCCUUUUUAUUUCCAUUUGGGAUGGAUAUGUUUUGGGUGAUGCAAACAGAAAGUGCUGUAUAGUCUUAGAGUGUUUGGCCCAGUUGUAAUGUGGCACCGUCAAACACUUCUAUGUUUAUUCCUGUUUAUUCCACACGGGCUCAGAGCUGCCUGCAUGCACUCUGAUUUGAGCUUUCCACAUGGUAUGGAUGUUAGAGAUGAGAAAAGAUUCUAAUGCUCAUGACUUGUGAACAUUUUUAGAGGGUUGUAUGAUUAGUUGGCUAUGUAGGGAUUAGAAUACUCUGCAUUGACAUUAUAACACCAUAUCCAUUACAUGUUGGUUUAAUUUCACUGAACAACUGUCUUUUGUGGUUCUGGUUAAAAUGUAAAACCCUUCAACAUAA